UCUAUUGCGCAUGACUGUGUGGCGGAAUAUGAAGUAGAAGACUGUUUUUCUCCGAGCUAGAGUCCAACCCCCCCGAAUCAACCUCUGAAAAACAAAAACGCGGAGCCAUUCAAUCUCAGAUUGGGGCAGGGUGGAGUGAUGGCCGUGUUGGGCCCAGCGUCUGGUGUCCAGAGAUGAUAGAGGUGACCUCAGAGUCACCUUUAACCCCUGACCCCCACCACAACCCCUGAGAGCCAGCUGAAACUGAUCACACGCAGGCUGCAGUGGGAUGAUGUCUGUUGACGACUGGAUAGAUGGAUGGAUGAUCUGUUUUCAUGGGUCCUCUUCCAAAUGACUACCUCAGGCCUAAAAACUGUUUCACUGCAGCCACAGUCCUGAACAACAGCCAGUCAUGACAUCAAGCAUAGGGGAUGAUUCCAGCAUCUUCGAUGGGUCGAUGGAAGAAGAUGAGAAGGACAAAGCAAAACGCGUGUCCCGUAACAAGUCGGAGAAGAAGAGACGAGACCAGUUCAAUGUCCUCAUCAAGGAGCUGGGGACCAUGUUGCCUGGCAUCACACGCAAGAUGGACAAGUCCACCAUCCUGCAGAAGAGCAUCGACUUCCUGUGUAAACACAACGAGAUCUCUGCUCAGUCUGAGUCCAGUGAGAUCAGACAGGACUGGAAACCUCCGUUCCUUAGCAACGAGGAGUUUACCCAGCUCAUGCUGGAGGCUCUAGAUGGAUUCUUCAUAGCAAUAAUGACAGAUGGGAACAUCAUCUUUGUCUCUGAGAGUGUUACCUCCUUACUGGAACACCUGCCGUCGGACCUGCAGGACCAGAACCUGUUAAACUUCCUCCCCCUGAAUGAACACUCGGAGGUGUACAAGGCUCUCUCCAAACACCCCUCCGACCCCGAGAGCCUCGGACCAGAGUACCUCAAGACCAAGAACCAGCUGGAGUUUUGUUGCCACGUGUUGAGAGGAGCCAUUGACCCUAAAGAACCUGCCGUCUACGAACACGUCAAAUUCAUCGGCAACUUCAAGUCGCUGAACGACGUCCCCAACACCACCAGGAAUGGUUUAGCAGGAGUGUUACAGAGAUCCCUACAACCUGCCUUUGAUGACCUGGUCUGCUUCGUAGCCACCGUCAGGCUGGCUAAACCACAGUUCAUCAAGGAGAUGUGUACAGUGGUGGAGCCCAAUGAAGAGUUCACCUCCCGACACAGCCUGGAGUGGAAGUUCUUAUUCCUAGACCACAGGGCUCCACCAAUCAUAGGCUACCUUCCAUUUGAGGUUCUGGGGACGUCGGGGUACGACUACUAUCAUGUAGACGACCUGGAGACACUGGCCAAGUGUCACGAACACUUGAUGCAGUAUGGUAAAGGGAAGUCGUGUUACUACAGGUUCCUGACUAAAGGUCAACAGUGGAUCUGGCUCCAGACUCAUUACUACAUCACCUAUCACCAGUGGAACUCCAGGCCUGAGUUCAUCGUCUGCACACACACCGUCGUCAGCUAUGCGGAGGUGAGGGCAGAGCAGCGUAGAGAGCUGGGUAUCAUUGAAGAGCCCCCCCCUGAGGUAACUCUGGACAAGCAGAGUCAAGACAGUGGAUCUGAGUCUCAGCUCAACACAGUUUCCAGCCUGAAAGAGGCACUGGAACGCUUUGAUCGUAGCCACACCCCCUCCUCCACCUCUCUGUCCUCACACAAGACCUCCUCACAGCUCUCAGACAACACCUGUACCUCAACAGCCUCCAAGCUCCACAUGGACAUGGCCACGCCCCCUCGUCAGUCACAUGCUGCCUCCACCAUCGAGAUGACAUCACAGAGACGCUCCUCCAUCAGCAGCCAGUCUAUGAGUUCUCAGACCACGGGACACAGUGUGGCUCCCGUCCAUCCUGUGAUACAACAACCCCAACUACAGCCAGACGUACAGCCGGUGCUGGAGUUCUCAGCCCAGGUGAAUGCUAUGCAGCACCUAAAGGACCAGCUAGAGCAGAGGACCAGGAUGAUUCAGGCCAACAUCCAGAGACAGCAGGAUGAACUCAGAGCCAUACAGGACCAACUACACAGAGUACAGCCCCCAGCCAUACAGAUGUUCAUGCAGCAGCCUGGCGGAGCGUUGAAUGUCCAGCUGCCUCAGGUGGGGGUGGUGCCACAGGGAGCAGUUCUGACCAAUCAGGUGCAGCAGACUGUCCUAAACCCCGCCCAUACAGGAAGUCAGCUCACCAUUCAGCAGCAGCAGACACCUCCCCCUCAACAGAACCUUCAACUGCAGCAAAACAACUCUCUCGCUCAGGUAUUCAGCCAAGCAGUGGUCCAGCAGCAGCGUCAACAGCACCAGCAACAGCAGCAGCGUCAACAUCACCAGCAACAGCAGCAGCAACAGCAGCAGCAACAACCUGUCUACAACAUGAUCAUGUCCCAGCCUGGCCAGCCCAACCUACUACAGAUCAGUACCAGUCUACCACAGAACAACACACAACAAGCUGUAGCCACCUUCACACAAGACAACACUCAGAUACAGUUUCCGGCGGGACAGCAGUUGGUGACUAAGUUAGUGACAGCUCCCAUGGCAUGUGGAGCGGUUAUGGUGCCGACCUCUAUGUUCAUGGGACAACCGGUCAUCGCUUACAACCCCUUCGGAGGGCAGCAGGGUGGUCAGACUCUGACCCUCCAGGCAGCCCAGCCCCAACAGAACCAGCCUGACAGCCAGACACAGACGGCUGUAGUGGCACAGAGUAACCAACAGGGGGCGCAGCAGCAGUUCGUACAGGGCACCCGUCUUCUCCACGGCAACCAGCAGCUGAUCCUCCAGGCAGCAUUCCCCAUGCAACAACAGCAACAGGCCUUCACCCAGGUAACACAACAACAACAGUCUCACAACCAGAGGCAUCAGCUGCAGCUGAAACCACAGCCACAGAAACAACCCAAAGGCCCGCCUUCGCACCGGACUGACAGCUCCAGCAGCCAAGCACAGUAGGCCUGGGCGACCCAGGCGUCCAAUCAGACUCUAUGACCUGAAGGCUGAACCAAUCGGAGGUGUGGAGGGAUUGUGUUUUUCUAAUGGAACUACAGUGUUGGAGUCACCCAACCCCAACCUCCUACUGCCCCUACCGAUAUAGCUGCUGUGUUGACCCCCUCUAUCUUCCGCUAUAACAAACUGAAUUAUGGGUAACGGUGAGGGUGGCCAGCCCUUCCUCCUAGAAAGCUACUAACUGUGCAGGGUUUGGCUCCGGCUCUGCUCUAACACACCUAUUCAGUUGCUCAUCAGGACCUUGAUGUUCUUCUGGACUGAAUCAGGUGUGUUGGUUAGCGCAGGGCCGGAACAAAAGCCUGCAGUCAGGAGAUCUUCAGGAGGAGGUUUGGCCCCACCUGGAUUACACCUUCCUAAGGAACUCCUCAUCACCAUGGUGACAAUAGUACGGACCGGAACCAUCGGAACCCUGUAUCCCGUAGCAACCAGGAGGAACGUUGUUGUUUGUGCGUUGGAGGAGAGACAAACUCGGUGUCCGUGGAAACCCAGUAGAACUCUGCAUUGCCACGGUAACGAGAGACUCCAAAAGGAAUGUUGUGGUGAUGGACUGACCUCUAUGGGUCUGUACAGUACAGACGUGUGUAACAUAAAAAGAAAACAUGUAAAUAUCCAUUAUAGCUACAAGGGAAAAAAACGGAAAUUAGUAUUUUAUAUGAUUGCAUGGGUAAAUAACUGUACGUUUUUAUUAGUAACUUUUGACAAAAUGACUUCAGACUUUAUUCAGUGUUUUCCUGGUCAGAUAUGAGGUGACAGAUGUUCAGCUAGUAUGAAGAGCGCCUCUCUCUUCCACCGAAAGGUCUUCGGCCCUGUUCCAACACUUUGAAAAUGCAUCCAUCCUUCCAUCUUUCCUCCCUUCCUGCCUUGAGGUUAUCAAAGUAAUUCAGUUAAGGGUGUAUUUUAUUUGUGUUGGAACGUGACCCCCGGAGAGACAAACGUUUUUUAAAAGAUGUUGUGUCACCGUUGGUUUAAUGGACGGGCUCGGGUUCUAGUGGAAUGCUGGGAAAUGUAGUUUUUAAACUCAACAUUUUUUUUUAGACUCAACAUUUUUAAACGUUUUAUCAGAACAACAACCACGUCUGAUCCAAUCAGAUCAUUACGACCCAACAGACAGACGGGUAAAUACAGUUUAAACCAGACCAGGGGUGGGUCAUAUUACUUAGCCUGGUCCCACAUCACUUUGGUCUUGUGUUGGCUCAGUUGGUAGAGCAAGGCACUUGCAACCCCAGUGGUUGUGGGUUUGAUUCCAGCUAGGGACAUCCAUACGUCAAAUCUAUGCACGUAUGACUGACUCUAAGUUGCUUUGUAAAAAAAAAACAUCUGCUGAAUUUUCUGUAUGAAUUGUGCUGUCUUACCAACUUGACAUUUACAUUACAUUACAUUUAAGUCA